ACAAACCAAUCAAGAUGGGGCACAACUCCAAAAUCGACCUCCAACAAGCACUAUCAAUUCGUCACCGAGCCUUCCACUUCCAACCCACCGGGGUGUUCUUCGAACUGGCCUCCAACUGUGCGACCUUUGCGGCUUCACGCUCUUCUCAGCGUCUCCACCACUCCGAGUGCCUCGCAAGGCUGCUUCCGCAAAAUCGCAGCACCGAUGCCUGCCAUUGCCGACGGAGACUGCCGAUUUCGAUUUCUCAACCCUUAGCAUAUGUGAUCUCCGAAUGCACCGACUCUGCCGCCUCUACUUUGACUGCACACGCCAAGAGAACGGCCCGCCAUGGAUCGCGCAAGAAGGCAUGAGCUGCGCGACUUGAACCGGAGGGCCUGGGAUGGGGAGAAGGACCUCUUUCCCGUGGCCAGCUCGCUCGACUCGACCAUGAAGAAGAACACGGCCUUCAUCAAACGUCUGCGCACCGCCAUCUCUCCCGCGAACCUGCCCACCUUCUUGCAGGAGAUCAAGACCGUUAGCCUGUCCAAGUAUCUCUCCGAGAUCGUAUCCGCUUGCCAUGAAGGCCUGUCGAAACUCAAGUCCCCCGGGGAAAUCGAGGCCGGUGUGGAGAUCGUCAGCGCCCUGCACCAGCGGUUCGGCCCCGCCGAGUUUACCUCGUACCUCGGCUGGUACCUCGGCAGGUCGCUGGCCACGCCUGACAAGAGUGUUCUCAAAGCUCUCUCGCCAGAAGCAAGAGAAAAGGAGGAGAAGGAUCGCCUGGUCCGUCAACGGGUCCUCCUGCGUGUUGUGACCGAGUUGUGGCUCGUCGAAGUCCUGCGCACCCUGGACGAUGUCAAACGGCCCGACGACGCCACGAACGGUACCACGGGGAAGCCGACCGAGGUGAAGUCCCGGGCAUCUGCCAAAGGGGGCGCUGCCGAGCCUUUCCCCCUCGAAGUUCUGAAAGACCUCCUCGGCCACGACAGGGAACAUGUGAACCUGCCGCUGCUUGUUGCCUUCGUCAAGGCCUUUAGCUGGGACGUUCUGGGCGUCAAGGCCGCCGGAUCCGAGGGCCGCAAAACUGUCGAGGAGGAUGGCGCGACGAGGACUGAGGAAGGGACCGAAGAUCAAGAGGGUGAGCCUGCCCCCGAUUCCGACGGCCCGGCCUUCACUCCGCCCGAGCUGCAGGAGCGCUUCAGGAACGUGUUGAAACGCUACUUUGAGGACCUCAAGGGCCACCUCGUCCGGGACCAGAAGGCCAUCUACACCCAGUCUCGCAAGAACGCCGAAGCCUACGUCAAGUCGGGCGAAGUGUUCGAGGACCGCCAAGCCAACUUCGAGAAGCAGGUCAAGGCCCAGGAGCGUCUGGUCGCCAACGCCCAAGUGAUUGCCGACGUCAUUGGGGCCGAAAUGCCCGACUUGAAGGACCACGACGACCCUUCAUCCGGCGCAAGCGGCACCAUUGGCAUUGUCAAGGCUGGGGAGUAUCUGCGUGGCCAAGGAGAUGGCGCUGGUAUUUGGGAGGACGAAGAGGAGCGUCGCUUCUACGAAAACCUCGUCGACCUCAAGGGGAAGGUUCCCGCCAUCCUUCUUGAGGAGGUGAAGAAAAAGAAGCCCGAGGCAGACGAGCAAGUCGGGAAGAAGAUAGACCCGGCCGAACUUGCCGAGGCACCCAAGGCUCCCGAUGCUGCCGCCGACGAUCAGUCGGUAGCCAUUGCGAACAAGACGAUUGGCGCCCAGGUCGAUGCUUUGCUGGCUCGACUUCCGGACCUCACCACCAAGGAUGCUAUCGACCAGAUGGCCAUCGACUUCUGCUAUCUCAACUCGAAGGCCUCGAGGAACCGGCUCAUCAAGGCAUUGACAGACGUGCCCAAGGGCCGUGGCGAUCUCCUGCCCUGCUGGUCCAGGCUUGUUGCAACGCUUGGCCAGUACAUGACGGACAUCCCCAAGGGGCUCGUCGAGUAUCUUGAUGCAGAGUUCCGAAGCCUGCAGCGGCGUAAGGACAAGGAAUUUCUGGGCCAGGUCAGGCUCAGCAAUAUUCGCUACCUUGCUGAAUUGACCAAGUUUGGCAUCGUGCCCGAGCACGUCGUCUUCCACUGCCUCAAGGUCAGCCUGGAUGAUUUCUCUCGCAUGAACAUCGAAAUCAUCUGCAACCUGCUCGAAAACUGCGGCCGCUACCUUCUGCGGAACCCGGAGACUUCGCCUCGCAUGGCCAGCUUCCUCGAGACUCUCCAGCGGAAGAAGUCUGUGCAACACAUCGGUGCGGCCGAGAGGAUGCUCAUCGAGAACGCCGUGUACUACGUCGACCCGCCGCAGCGCCCGGCUAUCCAGCAGAAGGAGAGAACGCCAAUGGAACUCUUCAUCCGCAAGCUCAUCUACUCGGAUCUCAACAAGCAGAGCUAUAACAAAGUCCUGAGGCAGAUUCGCAGGCUGCAUUGGGAAGAGAAAGAGGUUGUCGCGGUCCUUCACAAGGUCUUUUCCAAGCCCGGGAAGGUCAAGUAUGGCAAUAUCCAUCUGCUUGCCAUCUUGCUCAGCGCCAUAUACAGGUACCAUCCCGACUUUGUCAUCGGCGUCGUUGACACGUUGACCGAGUCCAUCGCUUUUGGCCUCGAGCAAAACGACUUCAAGUUCAACCAACGUCGCUUGGCUGAAGUCAAGUACCUGGGGGAGCUCUACAACUACAGGAUGCUGGAACACCCGGUGAUUUUUGACACCAUGUACAAAAUCAUGACUUUCGGCCACGGUGGGCCGCCGGUGCCUGGUCGCAUCAAUCCCUUCGAUCAGCCCGAUGACUUCUUCCGCAUCCGCCUCAUCUCCACCCUUCUAGAGACAUGCGGCAUGUUCUUCAACAAAGGCGCCGCAGGGAAGAAGUUGGACUACUUCCUCUCCUUUUUCCAAUACUACAUCCACACCAAGAAUCCCCUGCCAAUGGACAUUGAGUUCCUCGUGCAGGAUAUCUUCGCCCUAACCAGGCCGCAGUGGAAGCUGGCUUCGAAUCUGGAAGAAGCCAGCAAGGUCUUCCAUCUGGCGAUCAUUCAGGACCAGAAGACUUCGGGACUCGACAAGGUCGUGGAGCAAGACGAUGGAACGAGUGAAGUGUCCAGCGAUGACGAUGUGCCUCUCGCUGAGCAGGAUGAUGAGGACGACAUGGGCUCUGAGGAGGCCGAGGCCGAGGCUGAGGAUGCCGACCAGAAUCCGUCGUACCGCGAUAGCGACUCCGAAGAAGAGGCCAUUGUGGUCACCAGAGAAGAAGAGGAGAUUGACCCUGAGGAUGAAGCUGAGUUCGAUCGCGAGUAUGCGAAGAUCAUGGCGGAAAGCUUCGAGACACGCAAGUUCCAGCCCAAGCAACAAUUUGACAUCCCGCUGCCCAUCCGCCCCAAAAACCGUGAUGCUCCGAGCGGCUCCGAACCCGCCGAGAACGGUGCCGGUGCACCGGGGUCCACCAUGGCUUUCGCUUUGUUGACGAAGAAGGGAAACCGCCAACAGACCCGGACGCUUGAACUGCCCGCGGACUCGACCUUUGCCGUGGCCAUGAUGAACCAGCGGCAGGCGGCAAAGGAGGAGCAACAGCGCAUCAAGAACCUGGUGCUGAACCUCGAAGCUAGGGAAAAUGAGGAAUAUGACGGUGAAGAAAACUUGAGCCCCUAUGGACCUGGCAGCAAUAUUUAUCGUACCUCAGCAGGACACGACAAGCCGACUUCGCAUCACCACCACAACCGGGCCGACAAUCGGCCGAGUAAGGAGCGCGGCCAGCGAGUCCGCAAGCUCCAGCUCAGUGACGUCGACUGGACUUGAUAUUGAGACACACGGCGAAACAUUCGAUCAUCCACGGACUAUGCUAGGGAGCAGCACUAAACCCAGAGCAUUCCGAUCUUCCUAGCGGGUGCUCCGGUCCUGCUGCGUACCGACGGUCCUGGACG